AUCAUUGGCUUCCGACAUUCCAACGGUCCCAUAAAUCGCAAGCCCGUUAUUUUCGUUUUUUGUUGCCAUCGUGCACUUCGCAUCAUCUCAUUGAAAUCGACCCAGUUCAUGAAUUCUAUCAGCUCUGAUCACCGUGGUUAACAAGGCGUGUUACUGUAUCUGUAGACUGUCAUCAGUUCGUUAUUAUCAGGAGCAGCGUGGAGAUUGAGGAGAGUAUGACAUCGGGGACUGUUGCGGUGAAACCAGAAGAAAUACAAGAAGAAAACCGAAAACCCAUAUCAGUCACCGUCAAAACAUCACAAAGAGAAGAGAGCGCCGUUCCAACUCAAGUCUUUUCGUCUCCACCUGCCAAGAGACCGUCCGCCUUUCGGCCCUCUCCGGUCUCGGUUUCGUCAUUUCAUAGCACCAGUUACUUUGAUUCUCCUGAUUUUUCGCGGCGUCAAUCCACAUUCAAAAGCGGUUAUUCGUUCUACCACCAGCAUAGCAGAAGCAUUAUGCCAGUCCCCGUUUCCUCCGAACAUGGUCAGGGGAAUGAUGGGGAACCUCCUUCACGAGGUGGCUACCGUCCCCCUCCACCUGGAUAUGGAUCACCGUACCCUCCGUAUGCCGCCUUCCCGCCAGGUCAUCCUUACGGUGGACCUCCUCCACCUCAUGGAUAUUCUCCUCAUCAUGCUUAUCCGCCCCACCAUCAUUCGACAGCGUACUCUCCUGGAGGAGGUUAUCAAGGAAGACCCAUUUAUGGAUAUGCUGGUAGUGGAGCCUAUGAAGGUGGACCCGGUGGAUACCCCAUGCAGCAAUCUCGCAGUGAAGUAGGCAGAGCCAAAACUCCACCAUUCCAACGACCUAGAGGAGCCAGUGCUCCCCCACCUGCCUCUAGACCCAGUCCAGCCGCUCCAGGACCGCCUCCUGUGUCUGUAGCGGCGGCAACUGCUUCUCAGCGCAGUAGCCCCAUGGCAUCUUCCUCUUCUGCUGCUGGGCGAAGGGACACCAAAUCCAGUCCUGAACAACAGCAACAACAGCCUGAUCAUUUGCCAUCGAGUCACCACCAUGCAUCAUCGUCAUCACAACAACCACGUUCCUCUCCCACCAAAAUUGCCGAUGACUUGGAAACUGAACGAUUGCGACAGGCUGCCUUGACCGAAAUUAGUCCUUCUCAAGUGGCACCCAUCAAAACGGCAUUUCACUUUUUUGUCAUGGACAUGCGAGACAGCAUGCGCCCAUUAGCUGUUGAAGAAGUCCGAAGAUCUACUCGUGCACGAGAGGGAGAACCAUUGGAUCCAUACUUGGUCAAUGCCAAUUUGAAUUGUAGGCUCAUCAAGGCAUGGGAAGACGUAAGUGAAGAAGCCCGGCAGGCAUGCAUGACACGGGAAGAAGCUGAUCGACGUCGCUUCAUGGAGGAAGAAGAAAUUGCCAGUCGUCACUGUGCCACUCUCACGGCACGAUCCAAGAGUCCCAAAACACCCGAACGACGAACCAGCAGCAAUACCAAUGGCGGCCAUCUUGGAGGUGACAGUCGCGCAACUCCCAAUCCAUCCCCGACUUCCAUGACCACCAAUCCAUCUCCGUCGCCCAUCUCGAGACUUUCUGUGGAACAUCAACACAACAACAAUGACGAUAACGACGAGAAAAAAGUGGACGAUUCCGCCAUUCCUUCGCGCGUUGUGACGAUCCAUGAUGUGGAUAACAAGGAACAUCGGCUGGCCGGCAGUCCCGACGGUGGCGGCACCAGCAAACGACCUUCGCCAACGAAAACAGAUGAAAAGGGUGCAUCUCCACCCAAGCGGAAUCGACUGGAGGAAGAAGGCAGUAUGACAGCAGCAGCACCAUAAUGCCGGCGAAACAAGGAAAAAUGCAUCAUCAAAUUUUAAAAGCAAAGCUAACAUUCAUGAAGUUAAAACAUGGGGGCAGAGAAUCCAGCAGUGCGCGGGAGGAUUCAACAGUUUUGGUUGACUAACUAAAUAACGAACUAGUGAAGAGCUACGCGAAGU